GCGGAAGUGUUUCUGUGCAGCGGAGGACGCGGGUGGUGUGUGCGUGAUGUCCUUGCCUUCUGAAUUUUUGGCUAACCUGGAUUGAAAACUCACUUCUUUCCCUUUUGGAGGUCACUGUUUUAUUAAUACCAGAUUUGACUUGAAGAGACAGUCCGUUAUGCCUUUGCAUAAAUACUCCUCCAAAAUCUGGGACGUCCUGAAACUGAAGCAGGGCAUCUACGCUCGCCUCCCCAAACACUACCUUAAGUCCCUCGAACAGAAAGAGCCGAGCCCCGUCCACUGGAAGCCUUUGGGAGUCCAGUACCGAGCCAACCCAACAACGGGGCAGAAGGAACGGGUACAGGAUGUCCCGAUACCAAUCUACUACCCUCCUCAGUCCCAGGACGGCCUGUGGGGAGGAGAGGGCUGGAUAUCAGGCUUCAGAUACGCCAAUAAUGACAAAAUGUCAAAUCGUCUGAAGAAGACCUGGAAACCACAGCUGUUCAAGAGAGAGUUGUACAGCGAGAUCCUCGAUCACAAGUUCACCAUCACAGUCACACCUCGCACUCUGAACCUCAUCGAUGCUGCAUUUGGAUUCGACUUCUAUAUCCUCAGGACACCAAAGGAAGACCUGAACUCCAAGUUGGGGAUGGACCUGAAGAGGGCCAUGUUGCUCCGCCUGGCUCGCAGAAACACAGAGCUUUACCCCUCCGACCCCGUCAAGGCAGAGAAGGUCUACAACAAAUACAAGCAGUUUGAGAUCCCAGAGGAGGAGGCAGAGUGGUUGGGUCUGAGUCUGGAGGAAGCCGUGGAGAAACAGAGGCAGCUGGAGCACAAGGAGCCGGAGCCUCUGUUUAAGGCCUGUGUGGAGGAGCUGGUGGAGCAGUUGCAUGUCCAAAAACUCUCUGAGCCACACCUCAUAGAGAAAAAGUGAUGAACCGAACCGUCUGAGUGGGACAGAGGAAUCUUUUCAGACUGAAAAAAUAAGUAGGUUGAGCUGUCAGGCUUCUCCAAUUGAUGGUGGGAGUUACAAAGUUCCUAAACUUUUUCACCCGGGGUAGACAUCCUGCAGUUCAGCUUGUAUUUUACAUCUGAGGGCGACUCAAAGGUGGAAAAGACACAAACGGGGAAGUCAUGUUGGAGUAAUGCUUAUUUAUUUCCCCUUACAUUUAAGAUCCAAGACAUUUUAGGAAUUACGAGAAGAGCCUCCGUUUAUGUAAAUACUCCAUGACCCGUUGUGAUAUCAGGCCCUUGUACAGGAUAUCCUAAAAAUAAAAGAUUCCCUUUUUUCUUAAA